AUGCGUCCCACGAGCGUGCUCCCGCUUCUCGCCGCCGCCUCUGUCGCCCAGGCAUCAUGGUACGACUUCAGAGCCGAGCCCCGCGAUGAGGUCGUCAAGAGACAAACAGGAAUCAGCGGCGCCGAGACGUCAACUGCCGCCGCCCCAUCUACUUCCGUUCCUGCGGCAGAGACCAAAACAACGCCUGCACCCGUCACGAGCACCACUGUCGUUGUCCAAACUACCACCUCUGCUGCCCCAGCCCCGUCCACGAGCGCCAACGCUCCCGCAUCCACCACUCCUGUCGACUCAGUCGCUCCCACUACCCUGCAGACUAGCGCCUCGUCGGCUGCCAACAGCGACAGACCCACGAGCAGCGGCGCCAGUGCUGCUUCUUCCAAGCCUUCCACCUCCAUUCAGCCCGUCACCUCCACUAUCCGGACCGUCAUCACCACGACCAACUCCGCUGGUCAGCCCACCUCCUUCACAUCCGAGUCUACCGUCACCUCCACCCCGGGCCUGAACGAAGCCAGCACUGCCGACUCUUCCUCUGGCAUGUCCACCCAGACUCGUAACACUGUCAUUGGUGUUGUGGUCGGUGUUGGUGGUGCCAUUGUCCUCGGAGCCCUCGGCUUUGUCGCGUGGAGAAUCUGGGGCAAGAAGAAGCACGCCGAGGAGAACGACGGUCUCAUGGAGUACAACAACCAGUACGGCAACGAGCCCAAGGCCGAGGUCGGCAGCGCCCAGGGAGCAGGCCGCACCCCGUUCCAGUCGACUCUCGAGAGCUAUCACGCCCCGAACCAAGUCAACGCAUCGUCAAACUUCUAA